AUGUUGGAGGAAGCUUAUUCUUGUACAGUUGAUGAUGUAUUAAAGCACUACAAUACGAACACUGAAACUGGUUUAACUAAAAAGCAGAUUGAAUCCUCUUUGAAGGAGUAUGGCUACAAUGAGUUACCACCGGAAGAAAACAAGCCUCUUUGGAAAUUGGUACUUGAACAGUUCGACGACCUCUUGGUCAAAAUUCUCUUACUAGCAGCUGUUAUCUCAUUUGUCUUGGCCUGGUUUGAAGAUAGCGAAGAUGCGACUACUGCGUUUGUCGAGCCAGUUGUCAUAAUGCUCAUAUUAAUCGUGAAUGCAAUCGUUGGUGUUUGGCAGGAACGUAACGCUGAGUCAGCCAUUGAAGCCUUAAAAGAAUAUGAGUCAGAUACCGCAAAGGUUAUUCGUCAGGGUUAUCAAGGUGUGCAGAGUGUGAAAGCCCGUGAAUUAGUUCCUGGAGACAUUGUGGAAGUUGCUGUUGGAGAUCGGGUUCCAGCGGAUAUUAGAAUCGUUAAAAUCUUGUCUACAACACUUCUCAUUGAUCAGUCUAUCUUAACUGGUGAAUCAGUAUCAGUUUCAAAGCACAGUGACCCUAUAUCCCAGGCUCGAGCCGUCAAUCAAGACAAAAAGAAUAUGCUAUUUAGCGGUACAAAUGUAGCCUCUGGAAAAUGUGUUGGAGUAGUAGUCGGGACCGGACUUUCAACAGAAAUAGGCAAAAUUCGUGAUCAAAUCAUGCAUACAGAACAAGAUAAGACUCCUCUCGGGCAGAAAAUAGAUGAAUUUGGAACACAGUUAUCAAAGGUCAUAACACUCAUAUGUAUUGCUGUAUGGUGCAUUAACAUUGGGCAUUUUAACGACCCAGUGCAUGGUGGUUCUUGGCUCAGAGGUGCUGUUUACUACUUUAAAAUUGCAGUCGCGCUUGCCGUAGCGGCGAUUCCAGAAGGUCUACCGGCUGUUAUCACAACGUGUCUAGCUUUGGGGACCCGUCGAAUGGCUCGCAAAAAUGCUAUUGUCCGAUCAUUACCAAGUGUUGAAACUCUUGGGUGUACAACAGUGAUUUGUUCUGACAAAACCGGUACCCUUACAACCAACCAAAUGACUGUUUGCCGAAUGUUCACUUUCGGUAACGAGAGUCGGGUCGGUGAUGCUUCGCAGCUAAAAUUUGAUGAGUUUGAAAUUACGGGUUCUAAAUAUGCUCCAGAAGGAAAUGUGCACCAUCAAGGACGAAAAAUAGACUGUUCUGAAUAUCCUUGUCUUGUAGAACUUGCGCAAAUAUGUUCUUUGUGCAAUGACUCAUCUGUGGAAUACAGUGAAUCUCGGCAUGCAUAUGAAAAAGUGGGUGAAGCGACUGAGACUGCAUUGGUCUGCUUGGUUGAGAAAAUGAAUGUCACAAAAGUCUCUAAAUCAAAUCUUACUAAUCAUCAGCUUGCAAUGAUUUGUAAUCGCGAUAUCCAGAAAAUGUAUGAAAGAAAAUUUACUCUUGAGUUUUCUCGGGAUAGGAAGUCAAUGUCUACGUAUGUCAUCCCUCGAAGUCAAAUUUCUGGCUCUAAAGAAAAGCUCUUUGUUAAGGGCGCCCGGAGUCCAUAUUGGAUAGAUGCACUCAUGUACGCACCACAAGCGGCAAAUUAUUCCACCUACGCCACUGGACGUGAAACUCUUCGUUGUUUGGCUUUAGCUACAAGAGAUGAACCACCUUCAUACUCUCACUUUGAUUUAAAAGAUCCAAAAAAUUUCAAGGAUUAUGAGACUGAAUUAACUCUUGUGGGUGUUGUUGGUAUGGUGGACCCGCCACGUUGUGAGGUUGCCAGCAGUAUCCAAGCUUGUAAAAAGGCUGGCAUCCGUGUUAUUGUUAUUACAGGCGAUAAUAAAGCAACUGCCGAAGCUAUAUGCCGUCGUAUAGGAUUGUUUGAAGAUAAAGAAGAUACUUGUGGAAAGUCCUUCACGGGACGAGAAUUCGAUGACCUCAGUUUAGACAAGAAAAAGGAUGCAGUACGCAACGGAAAGUUGUUUGCUCGCGUUGAACCCGCCCAUAAAAGUCUAAUAGUACAAUUCCUACAGCAGGAUGGUGAAGUAUCUGCGAUGACUGGAGAUGGUGUUAAUGACGCUCCUGCACUAAAGAAGGCGGAAAUUGGGAUUGCUAUGGGAAGUGGUACUGCCGUUGCCAAAUCUGCUUCUGACAUGGUACUAGCAGAUGAUAAUUUUAGCACAAUUGUUGCGGCCGUUGAAGAAGGCCGAGCUAUAUAUGAUAACAUGAAACAGUUUAUCCGUUACCUUAUUUCGUCUAACAUCGGUGAAGUUGUCUGCAUUUUCUUGACUGCUGCUCUUGGAAUGCCUGAGGCUUUGAUUCCUGUACAAUUACUCUGGGUUAACUUAGUGACUGAUGGUUUACCUGCUACAGCCUUAGGAUUUAAUCCUCCUGAUGUUGAUAUAAUGACUAAACCACCACGUAAAAGCAAAGAACCAUUGAUUUCCGGUUGGUUAUUUCUUCGAUACAUGUUGAUAGGCAUCUAUGUUGGGUGUGCAACAGUUGGAGCAGCAGCCUGGUGGUUCAUGGUCUAUGAGGGCGGUCCCAAAGUGAACUAUUAUCAGCUGACACACCAUUUGCAAUGCCAGUUGGAACCAUCUAUGUUCAAAGGAGUUAAUUGUAGCAUGUUUAACGCAUUGAACAGCCUUUCUGAGAAUCAGUCGCUUCUGGUCAUGCCUCCUUGGCAUAAUAUGUGGCUUAUCGCUGCGAUCUGCUUUAGUAUGACACUACACUUUGCAAUCUUGUACAUAAACGUGCUAGCGAAUAUAUUCCAAAUAGCUGCACUGAAUAUCGCGGAGUGGUUCGCUGUAUUGAAAAUCUCCAUACCUGUACUUUUAUUGGAUGAAACACAAAAAGCUAUUGUUCGUUCUACCCAAAGAGGUCAUAGUCCACUUUACCACAUAGCGAUACCAAUGGUGAUGUGGUGCGUAUAUUCUGCUUUUCUCGGUUUCAACCCUUUGUGA